CACUGUGCUUUACAAUAGCUGUUCCCUGCACCUGGUGUGCACCAUGGACCAGCACACAACUGGUCAUCUCUAGAGACCACAAAUCUGCUCCCUUUCCAGGGGAUGGAAGAGAAGCAACAAGGCACCAAAAGGUAAAGGGAAUCAUUUGGAUCUGAAGCUGAAGUUCUGCCCAGAAAGGGACAUGCCUUAAGAUGCAGAACACAUCCUGUACGGAGGACAGGAUCCAGCAUGCCGUUGAGAGAUGUCUGCAUGGACUUAGCAGAACUGUCAGCUCCUCAUCUUCAUGGACAGCUGGGCUGUGUCUGAACUACUGGAGCCUAGAAGAGUUGGUGAACCGAGAUGCAGCCAAUUAUAUCAUCCUGGCUGAGAAAAUUAUGGACAGGACCCGAGAGGCUCAGGAGAAUUGUGAAUACGACCUUCUCACCCCACUCGCCCUGAUGUUUUAUUUUGCGGUGCUCAGAGCUCCGUACAUCCCCCCAGAGUCAGACCUUCUCCCCAAAGCCUUCCAGACGUUUCACGUUUUCCUGACAUGGCCGGCUCCGUACUGUCACAUCUUCCAAGAGGUCCUGAGCUUCAUUAGUGAGGAACAGAGAGCACCAGGUAUCUCUUACCAGCGCCUGGUGAGGGCAGAGCAAGGACUUCUGACCGGGCCCUUACGCGCCAGCACUGUCACAGUACUUCUGGUGAAUCGUGCAGAACUGCCCAGUGAUUUUUUGUCAGUUGCGGAGCAUCUGAGUAACACAGAACACUCAGCACAGGACACGCACAUCUCGCUGAUUAAGCACUUGUAUCAGGCAAAUCUGGGACCUGCAAGCCAGCUUCAGUGUCUGGAGGUCGCUCUCAAGUCUAAGGCAUUAUCAGAGCUGCAGGAGAUCUAUUCCGAAUUGACUGAAGCCUUGGAGAUGGCAUCAAUGACCGAUGACAGCCCAGGAAGGAAGAGGGAGUGUCUGAAAGCCAAACUGCUUGAUAUUGGAAAAAAAGGCGACUUGAUGGGGAACCAAGUACCAGAUACCAACUCACCAGUAAUUUUAGAACCUAUACCCCUGCCUGUCGCCAAGUGUUACACUUUCAGCUGGGAUCAGGAUAACUUUGAUGUCCUAAAUAAUAUAAUUUUAAAGGAGUGUGAAGCCUUUAAGAUGAUGUCAGUUUCUUUGGAUGACGAAGUAAAUGAAGAAGAUGAGGAUGUUGAUGAGGGAGAUGAUGAGGAGGAGGAGGAGAUUAAUGGUCCCAGAGAUUCUGUGUUCUCAACAAUCUCUAAAGCUUAUGUUUACUGGAACAUGUCUAGUCAACAUAAGGAGGACUGUACUGAGUCCACUCUUACAAAUGUGCAAUCUUUCGUAUCCAGCCUAUCUAGCUUUGUUGACAGUGGGUAUGUGGAAGACUGCGAUGAGAGCUUCCAAGAGUCACCAGGAAAACUGGAUCAACGGCAAGAUAGGGUCAACCGCAAGUUUACCCAGAAGUUCUGCCAGUUAUUUAAAUCUAAAGGCCAGCAGGCCAAGCUAAGACAAAAGGCUGAGCUCAAGAUCAGCUCUUCUCACCCUCUGAUGGGUCCGUUCCUAGACUCACCACAGGCUCCCCCACUGCGUAGAGCGGGAAGCCUUUACACACCUAAAGUAAGUAGGGUCCCAGCGCGGUCUAAGAGAUCCCAGUCACUCCCCCAGCAUGCUUUGGGAGUUCAGUUCUUGGAAGUUCAGCAGAACCAUAAAGUGGCCUUCAAAAGGAGACCAUACCUAAGCUGCGAUGAAGAGAAUAAAACAUCCACACUCCGGGUUGUAGUGUUUGGCUCAGAUCGUAUUUCAGGGAAAGUGGCUCGAGCGUACAGCAACCUCAGAUUGAAGGAAAGUAACUGCCCUUUCCUAACAACAUUCUUUAAGCUGCAAUUUUACUACAUCCCAGUAAAGAGGAACAACACGUCUUGCUGCACGACACUGACAAAUUCUGAAUCGCCCAUCAAGAGCCCCAGCCAAUCAGGACGCUUGCUUGCUGAGGAUUUGAUGGGAAAUGAAGAAAGCACUAAUGAUAUCACUCACUACAUUGGCAUGUUGGAUCCGUGGUAUAAACGCAAUAUUGUAGGUCUCAUGGAUCUCUCUACCGUUGCCCUGUGCCAGAAGCAGUCGAAGCCUGAAACCGAUGGUGCAGAUACCUCCAAGAUGCCCAUCCUGGCAGACAUGAUUCUGUAUUACUGCCGCUUUGCCACACGCUCUGUGCUCCUGCAGUUAUACCAAGCAGAGAUCACAUUCGAUGAUGGAAGGAAGGAAACUGAAGUCUUUAUCCAGUCUCUGGAGCUGGGACAUUCUGCAAAUAUGAGGGCGAUCAAAGCUUCAGGUCCUGGAUCUAAGAGACUCGGUAUUGAUGGAGACAGAGAAGCCAUCCCAUUUACACUACAGAUUGUCUAUAGUAAGUCGAGCAUAUCUGGCCGCAGCCGCUGGAGCAACGGUGAAAAGGUUUGCACCUCUGUGAGCUUCAGGAAAGCCUGCAAGACCUACGAGGAGCUGAAUGCCAAAAUGGAAUGCUUAAAUCUCACGGUGAGGGAGGUGGUGAAACGCCAGAACUCAAAGACAAAGAAGAACUUUAAUCAGAUCAGCAUUUCACAAAUUAAAGUGGACAAAGCUCAGAUAAUUGCACAACAUGGAGGCACCUUCCCCCUUUGCUUGGACCAAGAUGAGCGUAAAAUCCUUCAGCGGGUUGUAAAGUGUGAGGUUUCACCGUGCUACAAGCCUGUGAGCCACCAGACCAGGAGAAUCAAUAUGUCGUCCUUGUCCCAUGCGUUUCAGGACCAGUCGGAUUUCUGUUCCUUACUAUGUUUGCCGGUCGCUACUUUCAGCGGUGCUCAACUCUAGAGUCCCUGGGACGUCUGUGCUAUGUCUAGCAUAUAUCAGUUCUGGAUUUAAAAACGGAAGCCACCAGAUUGUUUUGGUGGUUUGAGCUUUGAUCCCUUAACUCGGUGGUGCUUAUGACCAAAUAUUUUGGUAAAGUGACACUCCACUUGGGUGCAAAAGAACUUGUAACAUUAUAUAAGAGUAAUUGACUAUCUAAGAGUAAUAGGGAAAUAAAUCAUCCAGAUGGACAACUGGGAUAAUAUUGCACUAAUGUGUCCAAUGAGAACAGCUGUUUUAAACAGAAUCAUUUUCUGUGAUCCAGUUGGUACCAGGAACCCCAUGAAAAACGUGACUUUGCUGAUUCUAUGUAACUGAUAGCUAGAGAGGAGACAUUGUCAUGUUAUCUGGCUAAUCAGCACCAGAUAUGGCGUCAGGCUGUCUUCAGGGCACGUACGGAGUGCAAAACCACGACCAAGGGCACCAAUCUGCAUUAAAAUGUGUAGCAGACUUAUUGUGCAAGUUAACGUUUAACUAGAUGACAGCUAGGGGUUCUGUUAAAUGGUUCCCCCCUUUUGCUUUCCUAAAAGCUUUGUCUCCCUGUUUCACCCAAAACCUUCUGUGUUAUUCUCUUUUUUUCGCAUUUGGCAUUCUUCAGAAAAGUCUUCAUGUUAGCUUUAACCCCUUAGAUGCCAGAGAGAUUGCUCUGCAACCCUCUCGGGAAUCUGUAGGGUUAACUCUAGCUAUUUUGGAUCUGAUAAAUGCUGGAUUGGUCUAAAUUUGAAUAAUAAAUACUGUGUCUUAGUUCUCUCUGUCCCUAGAGCCCGUUUCUGUUCAGUCUCUCUCAUCUCCCCUUUUAACUGCACUGAUUUUGUAAUUUGCAGAUGUACAAUUUUAUCUUUAAUGUUAUUUACAUUGUGUAUAUAAAUAUAUUAUGUGUGAUUUGCAUUGCAUCACACACUGAGAGAAGAAAUUCUAAUUCCCUUGUAUUUAUUUGCCUUAGAUACUGUCCCACAAACCACUUGUUCUUAAUUGUCAUUUGUGUCAAAGUCAACAUUCACUUAAAGGGACAUAAUAAUUGCUUCUGUGUAAAAAGGCAAAAUCUGUAACCCAGUUCUAAAGUGCUGCAAAUUAUUUACACUGCUUGAUUUUCAGCAUUUGCAGGUUACAGAACUUGCUUUUUGGCCUUUCUAGGGAGCGUCGUACAAGCACAACUUUUUCUAAAAGCAGGAGAUAGUUAAAGACCGUUUAAUGGUUUAAUUAUUGAGGAUACACUGGAAAUGUAUUUUAUAUCACUCCCCAUGGCUAUUUCUUGUACCUAGGGCUGAUUAAGCUUUUGCUAUUUACAGAUACCAGCUAUACGUCUAUGUCUGCUUUGAUUCAGAAUCAAUAAUAAUACUUAAAUCCUGGGGACAGGAAAAAUAUAGGGAAAAUGGCAGCUAAUUUUAACCCUAAACCCUCCAUUUAAGAGUUUUUUGAGUAAGUAUAUUAUGGCAGACAGCAAAUCAAGUCUGCAUAUAUACAUACUCAGUCAUCAGCUGGAGAAUAAUUACACAAUAUGACAGCUAAAAUGUAUUUAAAGGGAACAUAAGCUAUGUUUUAUUUAUUCCAUAUUGUUCAUUAUCUGCAUUAUCCCCUUUAAAUGGAUAUGAAAUGAAUCAAUCAUAAAUUGUUGGAUUGUAAAAUUAAACACCUGUGAGUAUUCAUAUUUAAGUAUCCUGCUUUUGCUAUAAAAUACCUUGUGGAGUGUCUUAAUUAUAGUAAAAUGUAUUCUACCCGGCAACAUUCUGUGCAGUCAUUGGUUAAAGCAGAGCAUAAGUUCACUAACAUCGUUCCUAACUGGCCCCAAUAAGUGUAACAUUUCCCCAGGCAUUUUAAGGAGUGCAUCCAUGAACUUCUCUUGAUUUGCUAAACCUUGUAAAUUGUGCUGAACAAGGGAUUUUGUGGUGUUUUCAAACAUUAUUUUUGUAUCCAUACUUUGCAAUGCAGUGAUUACUUGCUAAUAUAUUCUAUGCAUUUAUACACAUUUUUACUUUAAGGGGACAGUAAUGUCACAAUUAAACUUUCCUGACUCAAACAGAGCAUUCAGUUUAAAGUUUUAUUUCUAGUUUACUUCUGUUAUCUAAUUUAUUUAAUUUUCUUUCUUCUUUUGGUAUCCUUUGUUAAAAAGCAAUGCACUACUGAGAGCUAGGUGGGGACUGGUUGCUAUGCACAUAUGCCUCACCAGAUGUGUCCAGCUAGCUCCCAGUAGUGCAUUGCUGCCCCUUCAGCAAAUUAUAUUAAUUCAAUGAAGCACUUUUGAUAAUAGAAGUAAAUUGCAAAGUUGUUUAAAAUUGUAUGCUCUGUCGGACUCAUGAAAGAACAAUUGGGGAUUUCACAUCCCUUUAAUUUCCCUUCGCAUGUUUCUCUGCUUUGUUUUCAUAUCUGUACAGUUUAUUUGGGAAUACAACAAUUAUUAUUAUUAUUUAAAAAAUGACAAUUAUGCUGACUGCAGUAAAUUGUUCUUGUGCACUUUUAACUCUUUCGCAGGGUUAAUUUUAUUAUUUUUUUUUAUUUUGUCUUUCUGGCUUAGAAAUUGUAAAUGUUGGUGCUUGUAAAUGAUAAAGUAAUUUAAAAAAAUGGAAUAUAAUGAUUUUAUUAAAUUUUGAUUUGGAUAAAA